ACAGGCGCUUGGGAGGGAGCAGAUAGACAGGGAGAGAGCUAGACAGGGAGAAAUGGCGCCUCGGUGCUGCGCUCACUGAAGCGGUGUUUGGAGCCGGUUGGAGAGACUCGGUGAGGACCAGCUCAAAGGAGAAUAAAACAUGGAGAGCACCAGGAAGAGCCCCCGGACCCGGAGCGGCACCUUCAUCUCCUCCAGGACGCGCUCGUCAUCGAGAAAAGAGAGGAACUCAGAUGAACAUAAGGAGGCUGGCAGCGACGCGACCAGUCCCAGCAGCCCACGGUUGACGCCGCCCGCCAAACGAACGCGCCGGCAGAUGGCCUCCGAGCCGAGCUCCAGCGACACCUCGCCGUCCCCUCAGGCGAAGGGCCAGAGGGUCAGCUGGGGCCUGCCCACCUACCGCACCAGGCUGUCCUCUCGCACAAUGCAAAACGGCCACGCCCACAUGAACCGCAGGGUGGAGGAGAGCGCAGGGGCCGACCACUCGCGGAUGAACGGCCACGUGGAGCUGAAGAGAAGCUGCCGGGUGAGGAAGAGCCAAUUUCAGCACCUCAAUCAGAGCCUGCUGUUCGACCAGCUGGUCAACAGCACCGCCGAGGCCGUUCUUCAGGAAAUGGACAAUAUCACCAGCAUCAGGCAGAACCGUGAGCUGGAGCGGCUUCGCAUGUGGAACGGAGAAACCGAGGAGGAAAAUAUGGACAUGUAUUCUCGGGUAAAACGGCGGAAAUCUAUGCGUAGGAGCAAUUUCAACUUGCCCGCACACCACAAAGUCAUGAGUAAGGAUGAGGAAGAAGAGGAGGAGGAGGAAGAGGGGACUGAAGAAUCUCACGGCGAAGAGGAGGACGCCGAGGAUGACGACGAAGACGACGAAGGGGAUGAAGCCGAAGAGGCAGGAGAGGAGAACGACAGGCCGUACAACCUGAGGCAGCGCAAAACGGUGCAGAGAUACGAAGCUCCGCCCAUCGAGCCCGUCAAUAGAAAACCGAGCAACCCCUCCCUUUUUGACACCCACAGAUCCCCAGCAAGAAGAAGCCAUAUUAGAGUGAAGAAACAUGCCAUUCACAGCAGUGACACCACCUCAUCAUCUGAUGAAGAGCGCUUUGAGCGAAGGAAAAGCAAAAGCAUGACCCGGGCCAGGAACAGAUGUUUGCCCGUAAACCUAACAGCUGAAAGCUUGGCCAGCGGCGUGCUGCGCGACAGGGCCAAAGUGGGCGCCAGCUUGGCUGAUGUGGACCCCAUGAAUCUUGACGUUUCGGUGAAGUUCGACAGCGUGGGUGGCCUCACUAAUCACAUUCAGUCGCUAAAGGAGAUGGUCGUGUUCCCGCUGCUCUAUCCCGAGGUCUUUGAAAGAUUCAAGAUUCAGCCUCCCAGGGGGUGUUUGUUCUAUGGACCACCAGGAACAGGAAAGACGCUGGUUGCACGGGCCCUCGCCAACGAGUGCAGUCAGGGCAACAGGAAGGUCGCCUUUUUCAUGAGGAAAGGAGCCGACUGCCUCAGCAAAUGGGUGGGAGAAUCAGAACGGCAGCUACGCCUCCUCUUUGACCAGGCUUACCUGAUGAGGCCAUCCAUUAUCUUCUUUGAUGAGAUUGAUGGCUUGGCUCCGGUUCGCUCCAGCAGGCAAGACCAGAUACACAGUUCUAUUGUGUCCACGCUGUUGGCCUUAAUGGACGGCCUGGACAGUCGUGGGGAGAUAGUCGUCAUCGGUGCUACAAACAGACUUGACUCUAUCGACCCAGCACUCAGGAGGCCUGGACGCUUUGACCGGGAGUUCCUCUUCAGCUUGCCAGACAAGAAGGCCAGAAAGCACAUUCUGGAGAUUCACACAAGGGGCUGGAAUCCCAGACUGUCUGAGCCAUUUGUCGACGAACUCGCAGAAAAAUGUGUCGGCUACUGUGGUGCUGACAUCAAAGCACUUUGCACGGAGGCUGCCUUGAUGGCGCUGCGCCGGCGAUACCCCCAGAUCUACGGCAGCAGCGUCAAACUGAAGCUGGAUGUCAAGUCCAUCGUCCUGGGGCCCGCCGACUUCAGCAAGGCGAUGAGGACAAUAGUCCCGGCCUCCCAGCGGGCUCUGGCUCCCCCGGGCCGGGCCCUGUCCCCCACCCUCAGGCCCCUGCUGGCCAGCUCCUUCUCCUCGGUGCUGAAAGCUCUCCUCAGAGUCUUCCCCCACGCCCAGUGCACUGACAGGGACAACACACAAGGCGGUGACAAUCAUCUGCUUGACGAGGACUUGUACAGCGACGAUGACAAUGAGGACGGCUCUGCCUCCAUUUACGAAGUUCAGCCUUCUGCAUCCCCAAAGAGUCCGCUGUCCUCUUCUGCCACGCACAGACCCUUUCUCCACUUCUCCUCAUCUGCACUCCAGCAGCCCACAGCGUACCGGCCUCGCCUGCUGCUGGCCGGGGCCCCGGGGUCCGGACAGAGCUCCCACUUGGCCCCCGCCGUGCUCCACCACCUGGACAAGCUACCGGUGCACCGCCUGGACUUGCCCACUCUGUACUCCGUCAGCGCCAAGACGCCGGAGGAGUCCUGCGCUCAGGUUUUCCGCGAGGCCCGUCGAAGUGUUCCCAGCGUGGUGUACAUGCCGCACAUCUCGGAGUGGUGGGACACGGUCAGCGACACUGUGAAGAGCACCUUCCUCACCCUGCUGCACGACGUGCCCUCCUUCAGCCCCGUCCUCAUCCUCGCCACUGCUGAGACGCACUACGCCAAGCUGUCAGAGGAGGUGAGGAGUAUAUUUCAGAGGACCUAUGGGGAGGUGGUAUUGCUGUGCCCUCCAGGAGAACUGGAGAAGAGGAACUUUUUCUCUGAUUUGCUGCUGGUUCAAGCAGCCAGACCACCUCCUCGGCCCAGGAAUGCAGAGAGGUGUGAAGAGGUGCUAGCGGUGGCGGACACGCCAGCCCCUCGGGUCUUGUCAGCGGAGGAGAAGCGGCGCCUAGCCGAACAGGAGGAGAACACGUUACGGGAGCUCAGGCUCUUUCUCAGGGAUGUGACCAAGCGCCUGGCCACCGACAAACGUUUCAGCAUUUUCAGCAAGCCGGUUGACAUCGAGGAGGUGUCAGACUACCUGGAGGUGAUUAGGCAGCCCAUGGACCUGUCCACCGUCAUGACAAAGAUUGACACCCAUCGAUAUUUGACAGCCAAGGAUUUCCUGGUGGACAUUGAUCUCAUUUGCAGCAAUGCUUUAGAAUAUAAUCCUGACAAGGAUCCUGGAGACAAGGUGAUCAGGCACAGAGCUUGCAGCCUAAAGGACACGGCCCACGCUAUCUUCGCAGCCGAGCUGGAUCCCGAGUUCGACCGGACGUGCGAAGAGAUUAAAGAGGCUCGCAAAAAGAGGGACUUCCAGACACUGGGGGAGCCGACAACACUUCCUGGUGCUUUACCACCGCGAAGGCAGCCACCAGCAGGAGAUGAGCAGGCCAAGACGAACGCCCAAGGCGAGGCCGGCUACAAACACUGCACUACCAAUCACCUUAAGAAGAAGAGUUACCGGCGGACGUCUUGGAAGCACGGCAUCAUACGCAAGAAGAAAAUCCACAAGAAAGGAACGGAGGAGGAGGAGGAGGAGCAGGAGGCAGAGGUGGAAGCUGCGGGUCCCAGCGACUCGUGUUUGACGCAGGACGAGGAGUCAUCGUGCGACACUCCCGGUCCCCAAGCCAACGGUCACCUCCCGCACGCCCCCUCCACAGAAGAGGAGAGCUCCAACGAGCCUCCCGCCGUGGCCGAAGGCAGGAAGGAGCCGAAGCCCAAAGAGGAGGAGGCGGCAUCCGAGAAGCAGCCGGAGCGACACAGCAACUGUGGCCCUUCCCAGCCCAACGCAGACGGGGACGGCGGGGCCGAGCGGGCAGACCGCCAGCCUUUGACUGAAACGUUGAAGCCAUCAGAUGCUCAGGGCCCGCCCGAACACACGGAGGCUCUCAGCGUCUCACAAGUGGCCUGCGUGAAUGGGACGGAGUCGCUGGACAGCGUAGAUUUACAUAGCCUCAAGGGGAGCAGUGAGGCUGAAACAAGGACUCCUCUGAGCUCAGCCCAAGGCUGGAAUAAGCCAGAACAGGAAGAGCACAAAGACAAAAAUGUGAGUAAACUAACUCAGGAGCAGCAUCCCCUGGAUGGUGGAGCAGUUACACAAACUGCUGAGGAGGAGGAUCAAGGGAAAGAAGAUGAGUCCGGUGAAAAGGCGAGCAAGUGCACCGCAUCAGAGCAGCCGAGGGGAAAUGCCGGCAGGACAGACGAAGAGCCAGAGCCGCUCCCUGCCCAUCCUCCAGUAGUGGUUGACCACCAGCGACUUUUGGUUCUGCUGGAUAUGGUGGUAAAGAAGAGUGAGGGCUACACGGUGGAGCAGCUGGAGAGACUCUACUCCCUCCUCAGCCAGUGUGUCUACCAGCACCGCCGAGAGUACGACAAGACCCGGCUUGUGGAGGAGAUGGAGGAGAGACUCCAGCGUUUUGAUACAUUCCUGUGAGGGUGGAGAGAAGAUACUUUUCAGGGAGAUCCUGAUCAGCCUGGGACCACAAAGACUCGCAAACAAACAAACAAUACACACACACACACACACACUCACAGACCAGUGUUGAUUUGUGAGGAUGAGGACGUUAAUUGGUGCUAUCGUCUCAGGAACCCGGCCAUAUCCAGAC